AUGUCCCAACGAUCUUCACAACACAUCGUAGGUAUUCAUUAUGCUGUAGGCCCCAAGAUUGGCGAAGGGUCUUUUGGAGUUAUUUUUGAGGGGGAGAACAUUCUUCAUUCUGGUCAGGCCCAGACCGGCAGCAAGAGAGAUUCUAGUAUAAUAAUGGCGAACGAACCUGUCGCAAUUAAAUUCGAACCGCGACAUUCCGAUGCUCCUCAGUUACGAGACGAGUUUAGGGCUUAUAGGAUACUGAACGGCUGUGUUGGAAUUCCGCAUGCUUAUUAUUUUGGUCAAGAAGGUAUGCACAAUAUCUUGAUUAUAGAUUUACUGGGGCCCUCUCUAGAAGAUCUCUUUGAAUGGUGUGGCAGAAAGUUUUCAGUGAAAACAACCUGUAUGGUGGCCAAGCAGAUGAUCGAUAGAGUUAGAGCAAUUCAUGACCACGAUCUAAUUUAUCGUGAUAUUAAACCCGAUAACUUUUUGAUUUCCCAGUAUCAAAGAAUUUCACCGGAGGGGAAAGUCAUCAAAUCAUGUGCUUCUUCUUCUAAUAGUGAUCCUAACUUAAUUUACAUGGUUGACUUCGGUAUGGCCAAACAGUAUAGAGAUCCAAGAACGAAACAACAUAUACCUUACCGGGAACGAAAAUCAUUGAGUGGUACCGCCAGAUAUAUGUCAAUUAAUACCCAUUUUGGAAGAGAGCAGUCACGUAGAGAUGAUUUAGAAUCCUUGGGACAUGUCUUUUUUUAUUUUUUGAGGGGAUCCUUGCCCUGGCAAGGUUUGAAAGCGCCAAAUAACAAACUAAAGUAUGAAAAGAUUGGUAUGACCAAGCAGAAAUUGAAUCCUGAUGACCUUUUAUUAAAUAAUGCUAUUCCUUACCAGUUCGCAACAUAUUUAAAAUAUGCACGUUCUUUGAAGUUUGAGGAAGAUCCAGAUUAUGACUACUUAAUAUCAUUAAUGGAUGAUGCUUUGAGGUUAAAUAAUUUACAGGAUGAUGGUCACUAUGACUGGAUGGAUUUGAAUGGUGGUAAAGGUUGGAAUAUUAAGAUUAACAGGAGAGCUAACUUGCACGGCUACGGGAAUCCAAAUCCAAGAGUUAAUGGUAAUACCACAAGAAACAAUACCAAUAUGAAUUCAAAGACACGAAAUACAACACCGGUGCCGACACCUAAGCAGCAAGCUCAAAACAGUUAUAACAAUAAGGACAAUUCGAAAUCCAGAAUUUCUUCCAACCCACAGAGUUUUACUAAACAACAACAAAUUUUGAAAAAAAUCGAACCCAAUAGUAAAUAUAUUCCUGAAACACAUUCAAAUCUUCAACGACCAAUGAAAAGUCAAAGCCAGACGUAUGAUUCUAUCGACCAUACCCAAAAUUCACCAUUUGUACCAUAUUCAAGUUCCAAACCUAACCCUAAAAGAAGUAAUAAUGAACUCAACUUAUCCAAUCAUUACUCCAAUCUUGCAAAUAAGAAUACUAGUUACCAAAAUCAACGAAAUUACGAACAGGAGGAUAAUACUUACUCUGAAGAUGAAAAUGAUACAUUUUGUUCGAAACUCUAUAAAUGUUGUUGCAGCUGUUUUUGUUACUGUUGA